AUGCUAUUACAAAAAAUUUAUCGCAUUAUAGUGUCUAAUGAUGUUCAAACUUCUAUUGAUAAUUCUUUCAUCAUCAGGAUUUCUGGACAUCUUGAAGUUCAGGGCACUAAACAUAGAAGCAACAUAUUGCUACGUAUAUGCCAAGAUUCUACAACAAUAUCAACAACACCAUCUAUUGUUUCUGUUACCAGUUUGACAUUUGAUACUAAAUCUAGCUCAAUAUCGCAAGAAACAACUAUUUCUGAAUUGGAUAGUACCAUUAAACCAGAAUCAUCGGGAGAAUCAACUGUUUCCGGAACUGCAUGGAGAGACGAAUUAUGCCAAAAAGUUAUCAAGAGUGGUCAUUAUGAUCCAAAGGAGAUUUUUCCUUCGAUUCAGAUUCCUGAUUCAAUACCCCGAGUUCAAUUGUUAAGGAAUGGUAAUGAGAUUAUUUGGUCCAUAGAUGGAGAAGAUAUUUAUAAAAGAAAGGACUGCCACGAGGAAGAGAUGACCUGUUAUAAAGGCUCGGUCAGUUUGACUACACAAGAUCAAUUUUACAUGGCAAUUAGCAUUCUAGGAAUCGAUUCCAUUAUCAACUUCGAUAGCAAUUUGAAAACAAUUCAAAGAAACUCUUCCAAUACUCAAUUUUCAAUAUGUUAUUACAAUGUUAAAAAUAUCGAAGACAAUAUUAUGUGCACGUUGCCUACCACUGCUACUAAUAGUGAAAUAAUUUUAUCACAACAAGAAGACCGAAUUAUCAUAGAAUCUAAUGAUAUUCAAAAAUUCUAUAAUAAUUCUUUCAUCUUACGGAUUUCUGGAGAUUUUGAGGUUCAAGGAACUAAACAUAAAAGCAACGUGUUGUUACAUACAUGCCAAAAUUCUACCACUAAGCUUGUCGUAACAGCCGAAACAACUCCUUAUAAAUCUGAUAGUAGUACCAUCGAAGCUGGAUCAUCUGGGGAAUCAACUGUUUCCAUAUCUGAUAGUACCAUCAAAUCUGAAUCAUCUGAAGAAUCAACUGUUUCCAGAACUGAUUCUUCCACAGUGUCAAUAAGUCCGCAUGUAACUAAAAAACCUUUGAAUAUAUGCCAAAAUAUCGAAGACAAUGGUCGGAAAACUGUUUAUGCUAAAGAUAUAUUCGGAGAUGAUUUACCAAACGAAUUUCCUCUAGAAAUCCCAUUGUUGAGAACUGGUAGCCAGAUUUUUUGGUCGGUAGAUGCAAAAGAAAUUUAUCAAACCAAUGAAUGCCUCAAUCCAAAUACAUUCUGCUAUAAAAACACAAUUAUUGGAAAUACUCUGGAUAAAUUAUACUCAAUAAAUAGUAUUAUUGGCACCUACCCGAUCAUCAACUUCGAUAGCGACAUGAAAAUUAUUCAAGUGAAUUCAUCCAACGAUAAUUCAACACUAUGCUAUUUCAAAUUUUUCCUCAAAAAACCUAUCGACAAUGUUUUUUGUAAUCUAACUCGUCCACCGAAUGUUAAAACAAGUUUAGCACAGCUCGAUGACAGCAUUGUUUUUGCCACGAAUAAAGCUCCAGAAAUUUUUCAAAAGUCUUUCAUCUUGAGGACUUCUGGAAACUUCGAAGUUCGAGGAACUAAACAUAUAGUCAAUGUGCUGUUAUAUACAUGCCAAGAUUCGACCGAUUUUCCCGUUCAAUUUACUACAACGGCAAUAGGAAUAGUUAGUGCAAUUGCGACCGAAUCAUCUGGAGAAUCAACGGUAUCCGCAUCAGAUUCUACCAUUAAACCUGUGGUAACAACGAAAGAAUCAACUCCUUUUGGAUCUAGUACCACCAUUGAAGCUAAAUCCUCGGGAGAAUCAACUGUUUCCGUAUCUGAUACUACCACUAUAACUGGUGUAAUAAGAAAUAAAACAACACCUUUCGGAUCUGGUUGGACAGAGCAAUAUACAAAAUUUACUACAACUUCCCCAAUUCUCAAAGAUAUGUGCGAUGUAGUGAAAGAAAGUGGUGAUUAUAACAUACAUCAAUUCUUCAAUGAACCCAAAAUUCCUGAUACAUUAGUAGUCAAAGGUAAACGACAGAUUAUUCACAUUGAAGGUAGUUUACACAUGCUCAAACACAGUUCAGUCCCCAGAUGAUUCACUUCGAAA